GUUAAACCGGUUUAACAUACAAGUGUUAAAAAGAAUGACCAAGCACACCAAAAGGCGGAAGUGGCGUUUCUGAUAAAUUAACUCGGAAACCUCGAUAAACAUCAAAGAUGACUGACUCAAAAUAUUUCACCACCACCAAGAAAGGUGAAAUAUUUGAGCUGAAGGCAGAGCUCAACAGUGACAAGAAAGAGAAGAAAAAGGAAGCUGUUAAGAAGGUCAUUGCUAGCAUGACUGUUGGAAAAGAUGUCAGUGCCCUGUUCCCGGACGUGGUGAACUGCAUGCAGACUGACAACCUGGAGCUGAAGAAGCUAGUCUACCUUUAUCUAAUGAAUUAUGCCAAGAGCCAGCCUGACAUGGCUAUUAUGGCUGUCAACACCUUUGUGAAGGACUGUGAAGACUCCAACCCCCUGAUCCGAGCCCUCGCUGUACGAACCAUGGGCUGUAUCCGUGUGGACAAGAUCACGGAGUAUUUGUGCGAGCCCCUGAGGAAAUGCCUGAAAGACGAGGACCCAUACGUACGUAAGACAGCAGCAGUAUGCGUGGCCAAGCUCCAUGAUAUCAACGCUCAACUUGUGGAAGACCAGGGCUUUCUUGACCUGCUGAGGGAUUUGCUGUCUGACUCAAACCCCAUGGUUGUUGCCAAUGCAGUGGCUGCUAUAUCAGAGAUCAUGGAUGCCUCCCCUAAUGCUGCCAGUGUCCUGGAAAUGAACUCUGGCACCAUCAACAAACUUCUUACUGCCCUCAAUGAGUGCACUGAGUGGGGUCAGGUGUUUAUUCUGGACUCAAUUUCCAACUACACGCCCAAGGAUGAGAGAGAGGCCCAGAGCAUCUGUGAGAGAGUAACGCCCCGCCUGGCCCAUGCCAACGCCGCUGUUGUGCUGUCUGCUGUCAAGGUUGUUAUGAAACUGAUGGAAAUGUUGGACACGGGCGGUGACUAUGUGACCUCCCUGGUGAAGAAACUAGCCCCACCCCUUGUCACCCUUCUGUCUGCUGAGCCCGAGAUCCAGUAUGUCGCCCUGCGAAACAUCAACUUGAUUGUGCAGAAGAGGUCUGAGAUCUUGAAGAAUGAGAUGAAAGUGUUCUUUGUGAAGUACAAUGACCCAAUCUACGUGAAGUUGGAGAAGCUGGACAUCAUGAUUCGCCUUACGAGCCAGUCCAACAUUGCCCAAGUUCUCGCCGAACUGAAGGAAUACGCCACAGAGGUGGAUGUGGACUUUGUUCGUAAAUCUGUCCGGGCCAUCGGGCGCUGCGCGAUCAAGGUUGAGCCGGCUGCGGAGAGAUGUGUGAGCACGCUGCUGGACCUGAUUCAGACCAAGGUCAACUACGUGGUGCAGGAGGCUAUUGUGGUUAUUAAGGAUAUUUUCCGGAAGUACCCGAACAAGUAUGAAAGCAUCAUUGCGACCCUGUGCGAGAACCUGGAUACUCUGGAUGAACCAGAAGCGCGCGCCUCCAUGAUCUGGAUCAUUGGGGAGUAUGCUGAGCGUAUCGACAACGCGGAUGAACUCCUCGAGAGCUUCCUUGAAGGCUUCCAGGAUGAGAACACCCAGGUACAGCUGCAGCUGCUGACUGCCAUAGUGAAGCUUUUCUUGAAGAGGCCUACUGAUACCCAGGAGCUUGUACAGCAAGUCCUUAGCCUGUCGACACAGGACAGUGACAACCCAGAUCUGCGAGACAGAGGAUACAUAUACUGGCGUCUCCUCUCCACCGACCCGGCCGCCGCCAAGGAGGUUGUUCUUGCCGAGAAACCACUCAUCUCUGAGGAGACGGACCUGAUUGAGCCGACGCUGCUAGAUGAGCUGAUAUGCCAUAUCUCCAGCCUGGCCUCGGUCUACCAUAAGCCCCCUAAUGCGUUUGUCGAGGGACGGGGUGGACUGAGAAAGGUCCUGCCGCCUAAGUCAGAACAGGCGGAGGGCUUAGUAGAGGAGCUCGGGGCCCAGGAGCCUACAGCUGCACCCCCACAGCCGACCGUGAUCCCUGGAGCCGACUCCUUAAUAGGGGACCUGCUUGAUAUGGACAUGGGGUCAGGGCCGUCAAUGAUGCAGCAGCAGAUGUACCCGGCCCAGCCUGCUGCCCCAACCCCCGCCGGGGGGUCAGGGGGGAUGGACAUUUUCGGAGAGGGACUGGAUAAUCUGCUUGGUGGAGGCUCUACCGGGGGUGACAUGCUAGGGGGUCUUGGUGACAUAUUUGGGAUGCCCCAGACCCAGUCAUACGUCCCACCACAGGAGGUGUGGCUUCCAGCCUCGAAGGGGAAGGGACUCGAGAUUACGGGAACGUUUGCAAGGAAGAAUAACCAGAUUAAUAUGGAGCUGACCUUCACUAACAAGGCCAUGCAGCCCAUGUCGGGAUUCGCUGUACAGUUUAACAAAAACAGUUUUGGCUUGAUGCCAGCCCAGGUGAUCAAUAUUCGUACACCCCUGCCCCCGAACCAGAGUGCAAGCACUUCGCUACCCCUUAACACGCAGGGGCCCAUACAGAAAAUGGAACCUCUUACAAUCCUUCAGGUUGCCAUAAAGAACAACAUCGAUGUGUUUUACAUGUCGACGCAUGUCCCGUUGCACGUGCUCUUCAUGGAAGACGGAGAGAUGGACAAGAAGAUUUUCCUCGCCACGUGGAAGGACAUUCCCUCUCCGAACGAGGUCCAGUACACAAUCAAUAAUGUCCCGCACAAUGCAGACACAGUAUCUUCUAAACUACGGAAUAACAAUGUGUUUACAAUCGCCAAGAGGAACGUAGAAGGCCAGGACAUGCUCUACCAGUCUCUCAAACUAACCAAUGGCAUAUGGAUCCUGGCGGAACUCAAAAUCCAGCCCUCAAACCCUUCAUUUGUAUUGUCCCUGAAGGCCAGAGCUGUGGAUGUGUAUGAAGCUGUGAAACAGGUGUAUGAAAAUAUACUCCACAAUUAACAGGAUGUGAAUAUUCUCCAUAUCUGGAGGAUGUACUCUGGUGAAAUGUGUACUCUUAAAUUGACCUUUAAUGUAACUAUUGUGGGCAUGAUGUUUAAUGCAACUCCUGUGCGCAUAAACAGAGGAACUUACGUAUUUUAAGUGUUGCUGUGCAUUAAAUGAACAAUUUCAAUCUUCAAAAUGAUACAAAAAAAUGAAUGAAAAAAUGAUUGUGUAACAAAUUUCUCUGCUAGAAUUGUUUUUUUUAAAGAUUAAAUAGAAUAAUUUCCAUAUUUCAAAAAUUAAAUUAAACAUUCCAAGGAAGAUUAUGUUGCUUUAUUCUUGCAGUGUGUUUGUUUGAUAUUCCUAGUGGACAUUAUUGGAAGUUCUGUGGAAUUAUGUACAUGUAAUGUCUAUUGUCAUGGUAACAUGUUAGCAUAUUUAUAGAAUGUAUUGUUGUACCUGACCCAGAAAUACAAUUUAAACAAAAAAUCA